ACUAUUGCUAUCUUGUCGUUCGAUACCAGUAUUGGCAUUUUCUCUUCAUAUUUUUCUGGAGGAUGCCAUAUCUUACACAGUCAUAGGCUAACUGGUCCUUCACGUCUAUCCUCAAAGACCCUUAUCGUUCAUAUGUGAUUACUGCGAUCCUGAUUAUAGCCUUCAAGUAUUCCAUUUACGACUGUGAUGUCCUUUACUUACCCCAAGGACAUGGACACCGAGCAUGAGUAUGAAGAAAAGAUAUCGAGAGAGGCGAAAGCACCGGCCGACAUCCAUAACGAUGAAGGUGAAGAAGAAGAAGAAGACAUUGACACUCUCAUCGUUGAGUUGGAGUCCGUGGAUGGCGGUGCGGAAUUAAACACACAGGAGAGCCAUCAAACCGGUCGACUCCGCCCUAUCGCGGAUAACCUACUUCAGACAGAUCCCAUGACAGGCCUUGAUGAAACUGAGGCAAUCCUCCGUCGCAAAAGAUUUGGCUCCAAUGAGAUGAAGGAGGAGAAAGAAAACCUCGCACUGAAAUUCGUGUCUUUCUUUGUUGGACCCGUGCAGUUUGUGAUGGAGGCUGCAGCCGUAUUAGCUGCUUAUCUCCGAGACUGGGUAGACCUAGGGGUUAUCUGUGGCCUCCUUCUGCUCAAUGCGUCUGUGGGAUUUGUCCAGGAUUUUCAGGCUGGGUCUAUUGUCAAAGAGCUAAAGAAAUCACUAGCGCUCAGGGCUGUUGUGUUGCGGGAUGGCAAGAUGGCAGAUGUCGAUGCAGCUGAAUUGGUCCCUGGAGACAUAGUGAAAGUCGACGAGGGCACUAUAAUCCCUGCAGAUGGCAAAGUGAUGACCAAUUCACCUAUUCAAGUCGAUCAAUCUUCUGUGACGGGCGAGUCGCUGGCAGUUGACAAGCACAAAGGAGAUGUAUGUUACGCAUCAUCUACCGUGAAGCGCGGCUACGCCCGAAUUCUCAUUACAGCUACUGGCAACUGGACAUCUGUAGGACGUGCUGCGGCGCUGGUCAAUGCUGCGUCAACAGGCACCGGACACUUCACUGAAGUCCUCCAUGGUAUUAGUAUUGUCCUCCUUGUCCUUGUCGUCAUAACCUUGAUUGUUGUCUGGGUAUCGUCAUUCUACCGUUCAAACAACACAACAACUAUCCUUGAAUUCACCCUGGCCAUCACUAUGAUUGGUGUUCCGGUAGGCUUGCCAGCUGUCGUUACGACCACGAUGGCUGUUGGUGCAGCAUAUCUGGCAAAGAAAAGAGCAAUUGUUCAGAAGCUCUCUGCCAUUGAGUCACUCGCCGGAGUCGAGAUACUCUGUUCUGACAAAACCGGCACGUUGACAAAGAAUAAACUAUCAUUGACAGAGCCAUACACGGUAGCUGGAGUCAACCCUGAGGACCUUAUGCUCACAGCAUGCUUAGCUGCUUCCAGAAAGAAGAAGGGUAUGGAUGCCAUCGACAGAGCUUUCUUCAAGGCCUUAAACGAGUACCCAGACGCCAAAACGAUGCUCCCGCAGUUCAAGGUGCUCGAUUUCUCCCCAUUUGACCCGGUCUCAAAAAAGGUCACGGCAGUAGUACAAUCUCCUCAGGGUGAACGAAUCACUUGUGUCAAGGGAUCCCCUUUGUUUGUACUGAAGACAGUCCAGCAGGAUCAUCAGAUAGAGGAGGAUAUUGAACAGGCAUACAAGAACAAAGUGGCAGAGUUUGCCACUCGUGGGUUCCGCUCGCUCGGCGUGGCUCGGAAGUGCGGUGAUGGCGCGUGGGAGAUCUUGGGUAUAAUGCCUUGUUCAGAUCCUCCACGACAUGAUACUGCAAAGACUAUCAAGGAAGCGCAGACCCUGGGGCUUUCUAUUAAAAUGCUGACUGGAGAUGCUGUCGGAAUCGCUCGCGAAACUUCACGGCAGCUAGGAUUGGGCACAAAUGUCUACAAUGCAGAGCGCCUUGGGCUCGGUGGUGGAGGAACAAUGUCCGGAUCUGAAGUUUACGACUUCGUCGAAGCUGCCGAUGGAUUCGCGGAGGUCUUCCCCGAGCACAAGUACAACGUGGUGGACAUCUUACAACAGCGCGGAUAUUUGGUUGCCAUGACUGGCGACGGAGUCAACGACGCUCCAUCACUCAAGAAAGCUGAUACUGGAAUUGCAGUGGAAGGUUCCUCAGAUGCUGCGCGAUCAGCGGCUGAUAUUGUGUUUCUCGCUCCCGGCUUGUCUGCGAUCAUUGAUGCUUUGAAGACCUCGCGCCAGAUAUUCCACCGCAUGUACGCUUACGUGGUAUAUAGGAUUGCACUGUCGCUACACUUGGAGAUCUUUCUAGGAUUCUGGAUAGCCACCAGGAACGAAAGCCUUAACCUGCAGCUUGUGGUAUUCAUCGCCAUCUUUGCCGAUAUUGCGACGCUGGCGAUUGCCUAUGACACUGCUCCAUUCUCUAAGACUCCUGUAAAAUGGAACCUUCCGAAACUUUGGGGGAUGUCUAUCCUUCUCGGUAUUGUACUCGCCGUAGGCACAUGGAUCACUCUCACUACAAUUCUUACUGCUGGGGAAAAUGGUGGCAUAAUGCAAGACUACGGGAAGCGAGAUGAGGUUUUGUUCCUGGAAAUCUCGCUGACAGAGAACUGGCUCAUCUUCAUAACCCGAUCAGAUGGGGCUUUUUGGGCUUCGAAACGGCCAUCCUGGAAACUAAUAGGAGCUAUUGCAGCUGUUGAUCUCGUGGCAACCUGCUUCUGCGUAUUUGGCUGGUUUGCUGGUGGACCAACCUCGUGGCCUACGAUCCUCCGCAUCUACGUUUUCUCCUUUGGGGUAUUCUGCAUAAUGGGUGGUCUGUAUUAUCUGCUACAGGGCUCCAAGAGCUUCGACAACAUUAUGCAUGGCAAGAGUCCCGUGAGAACCGCUAAGCAACGUUCUAUCGAAGAUUUCACAUGUGACAAGCUCGCUGAAAGGCCCUAA